CAACUGAGCUCAAGUGAUUGGGCAGUGUUGCGUUUGCUCAGUAGUGUUUUUGGGAAACGAUUACAAAUGGGCACACCGAGACAGGAUGUCAGUUCAAGUUUGUUCAUUCUCUCAAAUCGCUAGAUUUCUGUAUCAGGUACUUUCUCGGAGCGCAUAUUAAGGGACUUAAAGACGUCUAUAUUUUAACAGUGCAAAGUUUUGGUAGUUGUUAACAAAGCGAAGCUGGCAAAAUGAAUGACAUCAAAGUGGCUGUCUUAGGGGGUGAGGGUGUCGGAAAAUCAGCACUCAUUGUUAGAUUCCUAACCAGAAGAUUUAUUGGCGAGUACGCGUCAUCUUCAGAAUGUAUAUACAGAAAGCGCAUGUCUGUUGAUGGAAGGCAACUGAAUCUGGAGCUUUAUGACCCCUGCUCUCAGCCCUGUGAUGGCAAGUCCACUCUGAAUGAACAGAUACACUGGGCCGACGGCUUUGUGGUAGUGUAUGACAUCAGUGACCGCUCCUCAUUCCUCACAGCUACAACCAUCGUGCACCUGAUUCGAGAGCUGAACCUGGGAGUGGCUAAAAGGGAUUCUGACUCGGUGGUCUUCUUGGUGGGCAAUAAACAGGACCUAUGCCACAUGCGCGAGGUGGGCAAGGAAGAGGGCCAGGCGCUGGCGUCUGACGGCCACUGUCAGUUCUAUGAGCUCUCUGCUGCCGAGCACUACCAGGAGGUGGCGCUCAUGUUCACCAAGAUUGUGCGCAACGCUGGUCUGGGCGGCAAAGCCAAGGAGCGGAGACGGCCCAGCGGCUCCAAAUCCAUGGCCAAACUCAUCACCAAUGUCUUCGGCAAGCGGCGGAAAUCCGUGUGACGGUGCACUGCUAGAGAUAGAGACACGGAUUGAUGGCGCUGUCAUUGUUGGGAAGGGAGAUGGACAAGAUAAAGACCAAGAGCAGAAUAGUUAUGUUUCUGGCUAAAGCAUGCCAUUUUCUUUAAAGAUGCCACAGCCGAGACACAGCAGUAGAGUGUUCCUGAAGGUCCACGUGUGCUGCAGCUUUUCUAUGCAGUGCAACUCAGGUGAUGGUCCCUGCUUUUUGCCAUAUAUGUCCCAGUCCUGCACUCUCAAUGUUUCUUUGACCAUAUAUACAAUGUUGGACAUAACAAAAAGGGCAAACAUUCUACAUUUUGAUUUAUACACUUGAGGAAUGUCAGAGACUGCUGUAAACCAAGUUCAAACUUUAAACAUGUCACAUAAAGAUUAGAUAGAAAUACUCACCCCCCCCCCCCCCCCCCCCCGUAAACUGCUGCAUGUCAUUUUUACAGUAUGUGCUAUACUCCUUUAGUGUUACUACAUAAUGACUAAAGCAGCAUUCAGAAAGGUUUCUUCUUUGUUGGUUCACUGAACUAGAAUUGUUCUCCACUGACAUGUUUUGACCAGUCAUCAGUGUUGUGAAAAAAAUAUGGGUUUAAUGGUGUGUAACAAUAGGUUGUCGGUGUGGAAACUCUUCUGCAGGAUUGAAAUGUUUUCCCCUUCCUAGAAUAAAAUGAAACCAGCUUUUCUCUCUAA